AUGGUAUGGAACAGAAAUAGAACUUCCCUUUUAAUAAUUGGGGUCCUUUUUCAUCUCUUUUAUCUAUGGUCAAUAUUUGAUAUAUACUUUGUAUCACCCUUGGUUCACGGAAUGUCCCAAUACCGUAGUACAAACAAUCCACCUGCUAAAAGAUUGUUUUUAAUUGUAGGUGAUGGAUUGAGGGCAGACACCACUUUUGAUAAAAUCACACAUCCAGUAUCAGGUGAAACGAACUUUCUGGCACCUUUUAUUAGAUCUAUUGUCGAAAAUAAUGGAACUUAUGGAAUAUCACAUACAAGAAUGCCCACAGAGUCACGUCCAGGCCACGUUGCUAUGAUUGCAGGGUUUUAUGAAGAUGUUAGUGCGGUUACGAAAGGUUGGAAGGAAAACCCUGUCGAUUUUGAUAGUUUUUUUAAUCAGUCUACCCAUACAUACUCUUUUGGAUCCCCUGAUAUUUUACCAAUGUUUAAAGAUGGAGCUUCUGAUCCAAAUCGUAUAGAUACCUGGAUGUAUGGUCAUGAAUUUGAAGAUUUUACUCAAUCUUCAAUAGAAUUAGAUGCCUAUGUUUUUAAACAUUUGUAUUCUUUAUUCAAUAAUGCUACUAUAAAUAGUACACUUAAUACUGAAAUAAGACAACAAGGGAAUGUCUUUUUCUUACACCUAUUAGGUUGCGAUACUGCUGGCCAUUCUUAUAGACCAUAUUCUGCGGAAUAUUAUGACAACGUGAAGUAUAUUGACACUGAAAUUUCAAAAUUAGUUGAAAAAGUUAAAGAUUUUUUUGGUGAUGAAGAUACUGCGUAUAUUUUUACGGCUGAUCAUGGUAUGAGUGCCUUUGGUUCUCAUGGCGAUGGCCAUCCUAAUAAUACUAGAACUCCACUUGUAGCAUGGGGUGCUGGUUUAAAUAAACCCAAGAGGAAUAAUGUUCCGGUUUUCGAUAAUUAUACUAAAUCAUGGGAGUUAGGUCAUAUUGUAAGAAAUGAUGUUAAACAAGCUGAUAUUGCAUCAUUGAUGGCUUAUCUAAUUGGUGUGAACUAUCCUGCCAACUCUGUUGGGGAACUGCCACUAUCUUACAUUGAUGGAGAUGAAGAUAACAAAUUAAAAGCAUUAUACAACAAUACUAAAGCUAUUCUAGAACAAUACGUUGUGAAAAGAGAAGAAGUUAAGAAUUCUCAGUUUGUAUUUAAAGAUUAUCAUAAAUUUGUUGAAAAACCUUUUGAAGAUCAUUUAGAUGAAAUUCAUUCUAUUAUCGAUCGAAUUGCUAAAGGAGAAAUUGAUUUAGAAGAACAAGCUAUUUCUAUGAUUGAAAAUCUUAUGACAACCACACUGGAGGCACUACAUUACUUAACCACAUACAACUGGAGAUUAAUUAGAACAAUUGUCACAUUAGGAUUUAUUGGAUGGAUUGUUUUCUCAUUCAGUAUAUUCUUAAAGUUAUUUAUUAUUCCUAGUCAUCAAAACAUUAAAGGAAGAAUCACACUAUUAAAUUUAACCUUUUUCACUUUGGUUAGUUUAUGCUUAAACUGGGUCUUAUACUACCAACGUUCUCCAUUCAAUUUCUACAUGUACUUACUAUUCCCACUAUAUCUAUGGUGUCAAAUUGUUGCUAAUCGAUAUGUGUUACAAAUAGGUAUCAAAGAAUUAUUCCGUGGAAUUUCUGUAUUAGAAAGAAUUACAAUUGCUUUCUUAAUAGUAAUGAUCUAUGAAGGGAUUGUAUAUGGAUUUUUCCAUCGAUGGAUUUUUAGUAUAAUAUUUAUUUUAUUUGCAAUAUAUCCAACAGUAUGUGGAUUGCAAACUAAUUUGCUAAAAACCUUAGCCUGGUGUUUUACAUGUAUUUUUAUGUCUACUUUCACAUUAUAUGAUGCAGUUAAAAUAGAAGAUCUGACCCAAAUUAAUUAUGCUGGCUAUUUAAUUAUUAUUAGUUCAUUUUAUGGAUUGAAAAAAGUUAACAAAAGCAUUUCAUCUAAUACAAGAACAAUACUUUUAGUUCAAAUGCUAUUAGCAAUCUUAAUGUUAAUUGUGACUAAUAAAUCAGUUGUAUCUUUACAAAAAGAGAAGGUUUACCAUACAGUGCCCAAAUCUCAGGUUGGUCUUUAUUAA